CCGUUGUCGUUUACAACGCAACAGAGAACCGCCGCCGCCACUCGACAGCAUUCGGUCUCCGGUGUGCGAGCACGUUCGGUUAAAAAUAAUACGGAUAAUCAUGUCAACAAUUUAACAAAUCUAAAUUUACAGCAUAAUAUUUCAUAUUAUUGUAUAAGUAAAGCUUAUUGAAUGUGUGUCCGUACGCUUAUAUAGUUAAAUAAUAGGAAUAUAAUAGUAUAAUACAUUAUUAUUCAUUACGUGAAAGAUCUUCGACGUCCCCCGCGCCCUUCCGCCGUUACCGGAAUCGAUCAUAAAUCGGAAUUCCGGAUACGUAUUUCGAAAGUUUGGUUCAUUUUUUCGUCGCUUGUGUGCCGGUCGUCACCGAUUCGAUAGAAAUAUUAUUUACAAUAAAUCCUAGUGCGCCUUCCGAACGACCGGAAUCAAAUAACGGAUAUGAAACGGGCUGAACGGUAAUGGGGAAUGUCCGACAUCAAAUCGACGGUCUGUGACACUCGACCGCUGGUGGAGGUGGCGGAGAAGGGGGGCCUCCAAAUACAACUGCAAGACGUUUGCAAAAGUAUUAAGGCCACUAAUAUGAGAGCGGCCACACCGUACCUAUGUGCCCUGUACGUGGCCACGGCUGGCCACCAAGGAAACCUACUCGGAUCUGAUGAACAGGAAAUCGUCCUGCUCAUUUACGUAGUCGUUGAUAUGACAACCAAUACUGUUGUCGGUAUUCAGCAAUAUUUAGUGAAGCCAACUGAAGUUGACCAAAACGAAAACAUUCUGUCUGAUCAAGUCACAUCAGACAUAGGUAUCACUGAAAAAAUGGUCAAGACUUCUGGUAUUCCCCUACAGAAUGCUAUCGACAAGUUUGAUACCUAUGUUAAAUCACUAAAUAUCGAACCUCAAGCACCUAUGUUUCGAAUAGUAACUGAUGGACAGCUUCCAAUCCGUCAGUGUUUACAUCGGGAAUCAUCCAUUAAAGAUAUUGAACUGCCCGAAUACUACAAUGUAUUUCACGACCUACGGAAAGAUUUCUCCAAAUUUUACAAUGCGCCCCAAGACCAAACUUUCAACUCAAUUACAGAUCUGGUUAAUUAUCUAGAAAUAACUCAUGAAAUUGAUUCUCAGUUCUACGUAGCCGAGGUCAAGGAUAUGGUAAACAUUGUCCAAAGGCUCAUAGCUGAUGGCCAUACCUUUAAUUCACCGGAAAUCGUUCAACUAAAACUCGAACCGGGUAUUUGUUGGAAAAAUGAAGAAGUAGAUAAUAAUUGUGUAGUCAGAGCUAGAGGUCUACCGUGGCAAUCAUCUGAUCAAGACAUAGCCAAGUUCUUUCGUGGUCUUAAUAUAGCCAAAGGUGGUGUAGCAUUGUGUUUAAGUGCGCAUGGUCGUCGUAACGGUGAAGCAGUUGUACGUUUUGUGAACCAAGAACAUAGAGACAUGGCUAUGAAAAGACAUAAGCACCAUAUUGGUAGCCGUUAUAUUGAAGUAUAUAAAGCUAAUGGCGAAGACUUCAUAAAUGUUGCUGGAGGUAAUAGUAGUGAAGCCCAAGCAUUUCUCACUAAGGGAGCCCAAGUAAUAGUACGCAUGAGGGGCUUACCUUAUGAUUGUACAGCUAAAGAUGUUAUUACUUUCUUUGAAAAUGGUGAGCAAACUUGUUCCGUAAUGGACGGAGAAGAUGGUGUUUUAUUUGUUAAAAAACCUGAUGGACGUGCAACAGGUGAUGCAUUUGUUCUAUUUGCUGAUGAAGAUGAUGCUCCUAAAGCACUUAGCAAGCACAGAGACUUAAUAGGUACAAGGUACAUUGAACUAUUUCGAAGUACAACAGCUGAAGUACAACAGGUUUUAAAUCGUGCUAUGGAUCCAUCUGUGCGAUCAACAGCUAGUGAUAGCAAUGGCAACAUUACUACUCCAGUAACAACAACAGCUGGUGUGAAUAAUUCACCUACUGCACUUCUUGGGCAUGUGCCACUUCUUCCAUUGCCUCAGCAUGUUAUUACUAGUGGCACACGAAAAGACUGUAUACGCUUACGUGGACUUCCAUAUGAAGCAAAUGUAGAACAUAUACUUGAGUUCCUCGGAGAACAUUCCAAAAAUAUUGUAUUCCAAGGUGUACAUAUGGUUUAUAAUUCUGUGGGUCAUGCAUCUGGUGAAGCAUUUAUUCAAAUGAACAACGAGGGCAGUGCUGCUCAGGCAGCUAUGGCUAAACAUCACAACUAUAUGUCUUUUGGCAAAAAACAACGGUACAUCGAAGUGUUCCAAUGCUCUGGUGAAGAUAUGCAUCUAGUGUUGACUGGAGGAGGUGCUGCGUCAGGAGCUUUAUCCCCAGUAGCUGCCAAAGCGCUAUUAUCACCACCUGGUAUGUUACCUGCACAGCCUCUAAUGACCACCAACCAAGUAGCUAAUCCUGGUACCCCAGUCCCUACCCUAAUGCCCGCUUGGGAUCCAAUGUCCGUUUACGCGCAGAAUUUAGCUCAAUCCAUAGCCCUUCAACGUGCGGCUGUGGCAGCAGCCCAACAACAACAACAACAGCAGCAACAACAACAGGAAACAUGGUUAUAUCAACUAGCUCAGCAUAAUCAACUAAUAAAUCUUGCAUUACUUACUAAACAGCAACAAGACAUAAAUGGUGGUAUGGCACAACAACCUAAUAUUCAAUCUAUAUUAUCUCCAAAUGCAGCUCAACAGUUGUUAGAUAACAGUGCCCAAAAUUACAUGGCUAAAAGUGCAGCUGCACCAUAUAUGUACUUUAAUAUGCCACGAUUUCCACACAAUAUAGCAGCUAAGCCUUAUGUGCCAGUUUCUGCUGCAGGCGGCCAGUUUGUCAUGCCACCAACAGCCAAUUCACCACAAAAACGUUCAUGGCAACAAGCAUUUCCUGGUGGCCCUGAAAGUUCUAAUAAACGGCAGUUUGCACCACCUUCUGCUUCUGCUGCUGGACCUAUGUUCCCAAUGAAUCAAGGUCCUAAUGCAGCUGCAGCUGCAGCCGCAGCAGCUGCCAUGGCCGCAUCGUCCCCUUAUCUACAACAUCCUGCACAAUUUUAUACCAUUUAACUUCUUUCCAAAACCCUAUUUUCUCUCCCUCCAAUGUUAAUUUGCUGUUGUUAGUUUGGUUAUUAGAGCUUAUAACCGGGUACAUGGUUAGUGGUUAAUGGUUACACAAAAAAUUAUUUUAAUUUUUUAACAUUAUCCGUCCUCUGGAUUAUAUAUUUUUCUAUUAUAUAUAUACAGACUGCACAAAGCGUACUUAAAGCAAUCGAGCUUAAAUCAUUUACAGGGUACUGAACGAAUUUUGUAAAUUAAUUUUUAACUUUUUUUUAGUUACUUUUAAUAGAUUUUAAGACUAAUUUUAAAUCACUA